AAAGAACUCAAUCGCCUUAAUUACAGCUAACCCCUAAACUUCUUACAUCUUCAUAAAAUGACCCCUGACGUUUCCCUAGUCCACCCCUUACGUGAGCAGCUGUAAAGAUAUAUAGAGGCGAAGUUGGAGUGGAGGGAGGGAGGAGAUUUAGGCAGGGUUUUAAUUCUUCCCUGAAAUCUUUGUGAAAAAAUAUUUCUUUCUCAAAGCUGAAAAAAUUCUUGUCCGAUUUUCUCAUCCAUGGCUUCCACCCUUGAAAUCGAUGCUCGGGAUGUGGUCAAGAUAGUACUUCAAUUUUGCAAAGAGAAUUCCUUGCAUCAAACUUUUCAAACUCUACAAAAUGAGUGUCAGGUUUCUCUUAAUACGGUAGAUAGCCUCGAAACGUUUAUUGCUGAUAUUAAUAGUGGAAGGUGGGAUGCUGUGUUACCACAAGUCUCACAACUGAAGCUACCAAGAAAAAUACUGGAAGAUUUGUAUGAACAGAUCGUAUUGGAAAUGAUUGAACUUCGGGAAAUGGAUACAGCACGUGCUAUUCUACGUCAAACCCAAGUCAUGGGUUUUAUGAAGCAAGAGCAACCAGAAAGAUACUUGAGACUGGAGCAUCUACUUGUUCGGACAUAUUUUGACCCCAAUGAGGCUUAUCAAGAUUCAACUAAGGAGAAGAGGCGUGCCAUGAUUUCCCAAGCUCUUUCCAGCGAAGUCUCAGUUGUUCCACCCUCACGGUUGACCGCUCUGAUUGGUCAGGCUUUGAAGUGGCAGCAGCAUCAAGGAUUGCUCCCACCUGGAACGCAAUUUGAUCUAUUCAGAGGAACAGCUGCUAUGAAACAAGAUGAUGAAGAUAUGUAUCCUACAACCCUUGGACAUACCAUCAAGUUUGGGAAGAAAAGUCAUCCUGAAUGCUCUCGGUUCUCACCAGAUGGACAAUUUCUUGUUUCCUGCUCAGUUGAUGGAUUUAUUGAGGUUUGGGACUACAUAAGUGGGAAAUUGAAGAAGGAUCUCCAGUACCAGGCUGAUGAAACUUUUAUGAUGCAUGAUGAUCCUGUCCUAUGUCUUGAUUUUAGUAGAGACUCUGAGAUGCUCGCUUCUGGUUCGCAAGAUGGAAAAGUUAAGGUUUGGCGGAUAAGGACUGGUCAGUGCCUGCGUCGUCUUGAGCGUGCACAUUCUCAGGGUGUAACUAGCCUUUCUUUCUCUCGUGAUGGAACUCAGCUACUAAGUACUUCUUUCGAUGGCACUGCAAGAAUUCAUGGUUUGAAGUCUGGAAGAAUGUUGAAGGAAUUCCGUGGUCACACAUCGUACGUGAAUGAUGCAAUCUUUACCAACGAUGGAUCUCGCAUUAUCACUGCAUCCAGUGAUUGCACAGUCAAGGUGUGGGAUGUUAAGAGUACGGACUGCCUGCAGACUUUUAAGCCGCCACCCCCUUUAAGGGGGGGUGAUGCAUCUGUGAAUUCAGUCCAUCUUUUCCCAAAGAAUGCCGACCAUAUUGUGGUUUGUAACAAAACUUCUUCAAUAUAUAUCAUGACACAACAAGGACAGGUUGUAAAAAGCUUCUCCUCUGGUAAAAGAGAAGGUGGCGAUUUUGUGGCUGCUUGUGUGUCACCUAAAGGAGAAUGGAUUUACUGUGUGGGUGAAGACAGGAAUUUGUACUGCUUCAGCUAUCAAUCGGGCAAAUUAGAGCAUUUGAUGAAGGUGCAUGAGAAAGAUGUGAUAGGGAUUACACACCAUCCCCACAGGAAUCUUGUGGCCACUUAUGGUGAAGAUUGCACCAUGAAAUUAUGGAAACCUUAGGGAUUAAAAUUUUUUUCGUUCUUUUUUCCCCGGGAUGUUGAUCUGGUAACAACAAUACUUUUGUAAAAUUUAAGAAUUCAACAGUCCAAUUGCUUCUCUGUUUUGUGUCUGUUUUUAUUGCUUUAACUCCAUUUAUUCCUUUCGUUGUCCUAUGGUACUGGAUCUUACGUAAUUGUAUCACUUCAUAUAAUUAACGCCUUUUAUAUAUAAUAAUACACUAUCGAAUAAAUAAGCAAAUUUAUAUAUGAAGAAUUGCGUAAUAAGGGAGUGACAAAGCUACCAGUAAAAUAUAAAGGAAGCUACAUGUUACUUUUAAAAAAC